AAUCUACAGUAAAUAAUUGUAACGGUGCGAUUACGAAAGUGAUAGUCGCGGUUUAACGACAUGACGCGUAUUCAGACAGUUGACGAACGACUCCGUAGACGCUACACGUGUGAACAGACCUUUUAAAUAAAAUAAAUAAAUACGUCCUUUAAGUGGAUUUUUACAUUGUUUGUGCCUUCGAGAAAAUCCAGUAACGGGACUGCGUUUCAUUCCCUCGUUUUAUUAAUGGACACAAUAGAAUACACGGUUUCUGUGUCGGGUUUAUCGCUAAAAACCGCAAACAAUGGCUAUAUCAAGAAUCGAUAUAGUAAUAAAAGUGGAAUGUUGAUUAGAUAACAAAUAAACUUUAUUUUAUCGUGGCCUCGGUGCAGCGCAAAAGAAAAUCGUCUGCAAAUUGCGCCCAUCCUUUCCAAGUGGCAUGCAUUGCAGUGUGAUUGUUUGUACGGGGGAAUGUGAAAACAGAGUGUAAAUAUUUGAGGGAAUGUGUGACAUUGUGUUCUCUUAUCAUGGGUAACAGAAGAGAGAUGGCUACUCCUGAAAAUACUGACGAUGAAAGCGGCGAAGUCUUCACCGACGGUGACUUUGAGGACUCCGAAGAUGAACCAGUUGAACGUGAUGUUGAUGCUAAAAUUGCAACAAUUCCUGUUAAUGACACUGUUAAUAUAACUAUAAACAAUGAUGCGAAUGAACUCGACGGAGAUAUUAAAAGUGUGGAGAGUGGUACUGAUUGCGCUGUGCAAAGUGAUGAAAUAGUGGAUGCGCGGGAUUCUGAUGAAGAAAAUAAUAAUAGCCCAUCUUUAAUUGGCAUUCUCGGAGAUCAGCAAACUCAUGCUGAACAGCGACUGGCGGCGCGACGGGCUGCGAGGGCGGAGGCACGAGAGAUACGCAUGAGGGAAUUGGAGAGACAGCAGAGGGAACAGGAGGACCAUGCUGAUAAAGCUUACGACAUGUAUGCAGAAACUGUGGGACGUCGUGGUGCAACCAGACUAGCGUCCCUCAGUCCGGCGGGACUGCACUCGCCGAGGCGGAGUUCGGAGGAUUCUGACGAAGUACUCAGUAUUAAGGAUCUGAGGUACGAAUUAAAAGAGGUAGAGGAAAAAUUUCGCAAAGCAAUGAUAUUGAACGCUCAGUUGGACAAUGACAAAGCGGCGCUGGGAUAUCAGCUGGAGCUACUCAAAGAUAGAAUAGAAGAAUUGCAAGAAGAGUACGCGCAGUUACAGCGCGAACACAAAGAGAAAUGCUCAGCUCACGAACGUCUAAAGCGCGAUCACGCUACCCUCGAACGCGAGUUGACCUGCGCGCGCGACGCCGUACGAGCACGAGACGCGGCCGUGGAGGGUGCGGGCUUCACGUUCGUGGAGUCGGGGGAUGCGCAGGCGCAGGGCUUUGGCGCUGUGCCCCCUUUGGCCCUUGUCUCGCAUCACUCGCACGCCUUGCUCGAGGACGGAGGAGAGGGCACGCUCGAUGUCCGGUUGCAAAACCUCGUGAGCUCCAAGCAGGCUUUGGAGUCGGAAGUGCGGAAACUGAAAUUACAACUGAACGAAGAACGCUCGGCUAGACAAAAUGGCGUAGCCUCACACCACGACUUGGAUUAUGAAAAUGAAUUGGAAACCCUAAGAAAAUCAAUUUCGGAAGCGAAAGGGCGGGCGGCACGAGCGGAAGCGGAAGCGGCGUUACAAGCGGGCGCAGUGGCGAGACUCGAAGCCCAGGUUCAGAGGCUCAGAGCUCGGCAGGACCAUCAGGACGAGCACGAGGAGAUGCUUAAGCAGGAGAGGAGGAAGCUGCAGAGAGAGGCACGUGAAGCUCUCAACCGAGUUGAGGAAUUGGAGACAGAGAACAAUCAUCUAACAAAACGGCUAGACAAACUGAAGAAUGCUAAGUCAGCACUACUCAAGGAGCUGUGAUGAUGGCUACACCCACCAUAUAGUAACUAUACCAUUGUAAUAGUGUAACUACCGUAUAGUGACACUAGUGUCACUACCAUAAUAGUGUAACUACCAGAUUUUGAGAAAUUGAUCGAGCCUAAUUUUCUCUUUACUUUAUUCAAUUUACUGACCUGAAAUUAUCAAACAAUUUAAGAUAUAAGUUUAGUAUGAUGAACACUUUUCACAUACAAACACACAGAUGUGAGAUGUUGGUUAAGCAUUUUAUAAAACUAAUUGUCUGUAAACUUUCUUAUGUUUUAGUUGAUGUUUCAAAGAACUAUAUUUCAAAUUUCAAACAAUAUACAUAGUUAAUUACUGAUUGUUUCAAAUUAAAAUAUAUAUACUAUAUAGCAUUUGUAUAGAAAAAGUCUAAUUUUUCAUAUAAACUAAUAAGCUGAAAACAAUGAUCUGUCUCAUUUCUUCACAGCGUAGAUACAAUUUGACGGAAAGAGACAAGACUAUUUUUAGUCAAAAUUGUGAACUAACAUUGAGUUUUACAAAGACAGGGAUUGUCACUUGGUAAUUGUCAAUACCAUUUUCUGCGUAAGUUAGAUGGCGGUAAAAAAGGAACUAAUUUUGACAAAUGUUAAUUGGCAAUUAUUGGUCCUGGAAGCAUGGUUCCAAACAAAACAACCUUUUAAAAAUUAUUACAUUAAAAUAUCGCGUUAUUGGGAUUUUUAAGGAAGUUUUGCAGAAAAAAGAAUUGGAAGACCCGUUUCUAUACAAAACAAAUUGUGACACCUGAUUUUGAGAAACAGGAGUCCUAGCCGCGUUUUUAAAUCUUACCCAUAGACUAUAUUAGGCGCCAACGCUAGGACGACUGGCACUUGACAGUCUGUACUUUCGUGGGUAGAAAUUGUAUUGCAUUUAUAACAUUUUUAAUUUCAAUAAUCUGUCAAAAAUUAUAUGUUAAUUUCGAAUGUGAAUAUAAUAUGACAAUUGUAUCAAGCAUUUUUUUUUAAACUGUAUUUUAUUUGCAAGAGCAAUCAAUAGGUUAGUUGACGUUUGGAGCAUUUUCGUAUUUUUAUUAAUAUCCAUUACCAAAUCAGAAAACAAUAAAAAAAAUUGUUUCCUUUGUUUCUAUGUAUAAAAUAAAUAUAAUUAAAUACGGCAAUCACUCCUCCGCUUUGUGAAUGUCAACUGGCCUAGUAUUGACUGGACUAUCAAAUAAAUAUACAGUAAUGAUGUGUUGGGCGACUUUAUAAAGUAGUAAUUACCCAAUAAUUUGGAUUGAGAUAUGAUAACGUAAACCCUGUUAUUUUCAGGUGUGUAUAUUUCAUUUUGUAAAUAUUUUUAAGCUUUAUAAAUGUUACAUUAGAUGAAAUAUUCAAUAAAAUUGGUAUUUUUGUUAUUUUUACUAUGAAAAAACAAAAUUCUUAGGUCGGAAUUCACACAUCAUUUCAAAACCUAGUCUUGAAAUUGGUAUUUUGAGACUUAUUUUAGAGUAUUAUGGCCUCCAUUUCAAGAUAUGUCCUCUGGAGGCUAUGGUAUGGAAAAAGUCAACUAAUGUAACAGAUUAAAGCGUAGGCCAUAUUUUUUUUAAAGUCGACCAUAGAUGUAGAUAUUUUAACAGACUGUAUGUAACCCUUUUAGUUUUUAAAAUUUAUUGUAAAUUUGAAUGAUUUGUAACAUAAUAAAUGUGUAUAACUUUAGUUUUUAUGUGUCAUUAUUUAUUUUAUAUAAUGAACUUGGCUGGUCACCGGGUGGUAUAUCAAAACAAGAUAUUUUUUUAAUUUUUGUCACAACUUGAGUAUUACCCAAAUGAUUAGACCGAGUGUAUGAAAGGCACCAAACUUAAUAGUUCUUGUAAAGUUACAUUGCUAAAUUAAGAUUUCAAGUCAAAAAAUAGUUUCGUAAAUUUCUUUAAACUAAAUAAUUUGUAUAUAUUGUUUAAAAUACAUAUUUAGCAAAUAAUAAAUAUAUAAUAGUUAAGUUGUUAGUGAGUUAAAUUCACACUGCAAUGUCGUAUUUUACAGAGAACCAUGAAGUUAGGUGUUGUAGGUUAGUCUAAUUUGUAUAUUGCUUGCCCAAAAUUCGCUUUUCUAAUAUUUCCUUGCCAUGAUGCAAUCGCUUGUUUUUUGCGAUAUAAAAUAUUUUGAAUUUAGUUACAAAUACGGCUUUAAAACGUUGAUUAAUGUUCCGUGUUUGUUGCCAUUGUUGUGAUGUAAUUUCUAUAAUAGAGGUAACCAUGACAACCGACACAGUACUACAGUCCAUGUUUUAUAAAGUCAAUAUUUGAUUUAAAAAGUAUUUUUAUUAUGUUAUCAAACAGAAUUGUAAUUGGUUCCCUAAAUUUGUUAAGUGUAUUGAAUCGAGUGCUUUAAAAGGAAUUUCUAGAAAUUUGCUCAAAAUUAUUGCUGUGUCGUCGAGAUAGAUCUCUUCGCUUCAGUAUUGUUCGAGGAAUUUAACUAAUUAGGUUUCCUGGAAGUUACCACUUAUUAAUUAAUUUAAUGUUUUUUUUAAAUAUCUGGUUUUACGAUUUAAUGAAUUUAAAUCGAUAUUUAACAUGCUAAAUUAUAAUUUUUAAUGACAAAACGAAAGUAUACUUGCACUAUAAUUGUCUCAUGCAUUUUACAUACCGUGUCAGCGAUUUUUUACUAAACUAUAACUGCUUGCACCAAAAUGUAUAGCCUAGCUAGACUGUUUUAGAAAAUGGAGUUAUCCUUAUUGACAUGUCAUGUAUGUGAAUAGUUAGGUACCUGGCCUGUCAUGUACUUUUAAUAGACAUUAAUAUUGAUACCAUAUACAGUACUAAUAAAAUGCUAAUUAAAAAUGAUGUUUAAUUUGGUUGUUACUUGACUACAUUUAAACAAUAGGUAAAGAGAGUAUAAUGUAGAAAGUAAGUAGACAUUUUGUAAGAAUUGGUGUAUGUAUUUUGGUGCUGCAUUACUAAUUUAUUUGAUUUUAUAAAACCUACACAUUUUGUAUGAAGCGAAUGCUGUGUAAAUUUAAUUGAAUAAAUUACGCCUUUAA